GAUUGUUGAUUAUAAAUGCACACGGACUCUGAUAUUUAUGGUUCAGAAGCACAGAACUAAAGUUUUUCAGUUCAGACUUUAGAAACAGAGAAUCAUUUUGAGUGUGUGGAAAAAUGGAAGAGAGUAUGUCAGGGUUUUGUAUUAGAAAUGGAAGUGUUCGUGGCAGUAGUGGAACAAAAUGUGGACGUUGGAAUCCAACUAGUGAACAAGUUAAGGUUCUGACUGAACUUUUCAGUUCAGGACUCCGUACACCAAGUACUGAUCAGAUUCAAAACAUUUCUACUCAGCUUAGUUUUUAUGGUAAGAUUGAGAGCAAGAAUGUCUUUUAUUGGUUUCAAAAUCAUAAGGCUAGAGAAAGACAGAAGCGUCGUCGUCGCAAGCUUUCUUCUUAUGACGACGACGAUGAUGAUAAUAAUAAUAAUAAGGAUCUGCUCCGUCACCAAAAUACUAUCUCCAUGAAUUCUUCCACACAAAAUUUUGCGCAGCUCUAUCAGGUUUCAGAGCCGAAGAGAGUGAUUGAGACACUUCAGCUCUUUCCUUUGAACUCAUUUGGUGAAACAGAAUCAAAGAAUUUGAGGGUGCAUGCAAAUGAAUGUAGGGAUAAUAUGUUUUCAUACACCAUGGGAGAACAUUCACCAUUAGAUCUUUGUUUGAGUACUUUUAUGUAAACUUGGAAUAAAUUUUUGUAGGUGGUGGUAAUAUGGUGGUUGGAGAUAGGGAGGGUAUGUUCUGUUAUAAAUAAAAUACAUUAUUUUUUGUUAUGAUAAACAUUUCGCUAAUGCCAUGUAAAAUCAGUUUAUAUGGUAAGAGACUAUAAAAAUAUUUGAUAUGCGAAAGAAUGAGUUAAGGCUAUGUAAUGUUUUAAAUUGCAGUCACAU